AAACUACUAUGCUGUAUUGGCUUACAUGGACAAUACAACAUGGAUAGCAUCAUCAAAAGAACAACUACAGAAUAUUCUCUAUACUGCUACAACCUUCUACAAAUUAACAAACAUCAAAAUAAAUCUAAAUAAAUUGGUGCUCACAAUUUUCAACUCGACCAAUACACCUAAUAUCACUUUUAAUGAAACCACUAUAGAAGGUAUUAAGCCAAAACAG